CACUCUAAGUUUCAAAGAAUAACGAUUUGGCCUUCAGAGUUCACACACACUCUUAUCCAUAGCUUACUGAUCUACCAGGCACGAGCCACCCUCCAUGGGGGAAUGCGACGAAUGCUGCGACAACUGCGGCUGCAGGUGGAAGGACGUCUGGCGGCUCCUCCUCUGCCUCGCCGUUCUCGUCAUAGUCGCGCUCAUCGUCGUCCUCGUCGCCGCGUUCGCCUUCGUCCGCCAGGUCGUCGUCACCGUGGACGACGCCUCCCUCUCCCGGCUCGCGCUCGUCAGCACGCCGACAACGGCGUUCGCGUACAACCUGACGCUCACGCUCGCCGUCCGCAACCCGAACUGGGCGAUGAGCUUCAAGAACACGGAGCCGCUGGAGGCCGCCUACUCCUUCGACGGCCAGCCGUUCGACCGCGUCAGGCUCGCCGGCGAGGCUGACACGCACGGAGCCAAGAAGACGGUGUUGUACCGGAUCACGUCGGGCUCCGAUGGUGCCUUCUUGGCGCUGGGCAGCGCUGGCGUGGCAGAGUUCAAGAAGGAGAAUGCGACGGGGGUGUUCGAGGUGGAGGUGGUGGUGUCCGGUGAGGUCAAGUACACCGCCCGUCUGAGCAAGUGCAGGAUAGAGGCCAGAUGCCCGCUCAAGCUGCAGCUCGUGUUGUCCGGGGAGACGGUCGUGUUCCAGCAGGUCAAAUGCAAGCUCGCAAAGGCGGACAAGAAUUGCUAGCGUUUUAGUUUGAUUGGACGCGCGCUAGGUUAAUUUCGUUUCGAAUUUAGUUUGCAGCUGCGGUGAAGCGAUUUGAUGUACGUGUAACUAAUGUGUUUGUCGGUCGUGUUAAACAACGUGUUACACAAGAAUAAGCUCCCCUUUGUCAUCCCUCUUUUACUACUGUUAGGUUCAUUAUUAGAAAGAAUAAGCUCCCCUUUGUCAGGGAUUCUUACAUUGAGUCGAUUUGUGACUCAUGUCAGAAAGCAAAGAGUCAUCAGUUACCUUAUCCAGUGUCCACUAGUGUGUCUUCUGCACCCCUACAAUUAGUUUUUUUGAUGUAUGGGGUCCUGC